GUGGCUGUUUGAUUUGGAGUGAGAGAUGGCGCUGAGCGGGAAAGUGGCGCUGGUGACCGGAGGGGCGAUGGGGAUCGGGCGCGCAAUGGUGGAGGAGCUGCUUAAACACGGGGCCAAGGUGGCGCUGUUGGACAUGAAUGCAGGAGCCGGGAAGAGUUUACUGGAAACUUUGGAAACAAAAUUUGGAAAAGACAAAACUUUAUUUAUCGAAUGUAACGUUCAGUCUGAGGAACAGCUCAAAGCUGCUUUUCAGAAAACUGUGGAGACUUUUGGAGGUCUGGAUAUCGUGUGCAACAACGCUGGAGUUUUAAAUGAGAAUGAGUGGGAGAACAUGGUGUCCAUCAACCUGAUGGCGAUGAUCCGGGUGGCGUACCUUGCUCAAGAGCACAUGAGCAAACUGCGCAAAGGACACGGAGGAGUCAUCAUCAACACCGCGUCUAUGGCAGGUCUUGGUCCCCUGCCUGGCUGCCCGGUGUACACAGCCACCAAAUAUGGAGUCAUCGGCUUCACCAGAUCAAUGGCUCUGACGUCUCUUGGAGCCGACGAUGGCGUGCGAUUUAACGCAGUGUGUCCUGGAUUCGUCGAUACAAGUCUAUUCAAUCACAUCCCAGAGAGAUUAGGCCAGUUUGUCCACAUGAAGGAGACAAUAAUGAGGCUGGCGGACAACAUUGGCACCAUGGAAGUGUCCAGAGUGGCAGAAGGCAUGAUGGAACUGGUGUCAGAUGAGAAAAAGACUGGAGAGGCACUCAUAAUUAUGCCCAAAGGGAACAAGUAUGCCACGUUUCCAACAACAGUAGAUCUCUGAAGACGAUCACAAAUUAAAUAAAAUGUAAAAAUUUAUAUAUUUUUUUAAGUGUUUUGAGUGUUUGUUGUAGUUAUUUUGUGCACUCUGACCAAAUGAUUGUAUGUGUAAUACAGGGCUAUUUUUGGCAAUACAUCAGUGGUGGAAGAAGUACUCAAUUUUGUUAAGGGUACUGGAAAAAUAAAAAUAUCACG